UUUUUAGUUGCUAUUGCUGAGAUAUGAAGUGUCAAUCCUUAAAAUUAAAAUUGUCUUUGAUGGUGUAGAUUUGAUAUGUUUACAUUAAGAUGUGAUACUUAUUUCUAUUUUAGUUAUGCGUCGAAGUCCCGAUAUGUACAUGUCAGGAACUGGAAGCUCCUGUUCUUCAAGGAUGCAUAACACAUACUUUGAGGAACCAGCAUGCUAUUCUGAUUUACUACAAUGGGAAGAAUCUGAUCUCCAUGAUGAUCCUUUACUUCAGCUGAUUUCUCUUCAAAAAGCUUCAGGCUGCUGGGAACUGAACGCUGCUUUGGCUCGAGUGUUUGGAAAGACUGAAGAUGAGCUGACCAAUCAGAAACCAGCACAGGUGGAUGGGUCAGUGUGGGCCACUCUUCUGUCUCUCAUCUGGUUAUACGGCUAUAAAAUACAGCAACAGAUUGAGUGGCAGUUUGUGGCCAUGAAGGCGGCGUCAUGGAUCAGCUCUCAGAACGUGGUCAGUCUGUCUCAGUGUGUGUGUGAUGGGAAUCAUCUACUGGGAUGUCAGGUGAAAGAAGAAACUUUGGGAAUCUGAAGACUUCAGUGUUUCUACUUCCUGUGCUGUCAGAAGGCCAAAGAUCUCUUAUGAAUAUUAAGUUCAUUUACAGUAUUAGUUGUUUGUGUUUUUGCUUUUCAGAGAAACAUGUUUUAGACAUAUUCCUGUUUUUCUUGUCUAGCAGAGUUUAUAUUUCAGUUCAGUUAUUAGAGAUGUUGGAUUAAGCUCUAGUCCCAGACUAGACUGAAUGUGUGAGCUGUCCUAACUGAACACAGAUUGCAUCUUAAAAUAUAUCAGUGUCAUUGUUUUGUCUCAAGAUACACACCAGUAAUGUGUUUGAAAGGCUUGUGUUUAAAAACCACUUUUAAUAAGAGUCUAAUGAGACUUCUUAGUUUAAGACAUUUUUUUUAUUUUUGAAAUGAAAAUUAACAUAUCUGAAAACCUUUAUGUAAAACUUUUUGUUAUAUUUACAAUGUUUUCAAUUAAAAUUUGUGUACCCUAAACUGAUA